AGGGGAAGGGAGAGCUAGGGAAGGGAUGGAGGCACACAGGGGUGUUUAUAGAUUUGUUUGUGGUAGUAUAAUCUGUGUGCGUGCGCCAAAUCAGUACACAGCAGAAACACCAUCUGUUUCCUCAGAGGCUAGGACUCAAAUUUGGUCCAGAUCGGCACGAGACAGCUGCUUAUUGCAGGACUGGUGGGCUGUCUCCCGUAGCCUCCCGUAGCUCGUCAACCAGUAGGAUUUCUGAAUUUAAAAACCUAAUUUUAAAAACCACCGACUACGAAAGUGGGAUCCCGAACAUGAUAAUGAGAGAAGAUGCGAACUAAUAUCGUUGAGAGAGCUGCUACGACUGUGGAUCAUCAAUCCUCCUGCAUCGAUGAAGCGCUUGCAACGGCUGAAGACAAACGAAAUUAAUUGCAUGGUCAUUAUUUGAUAUAAAAAAUAGGGAGUCCGUAUACAUUUUGGCCUUGACGAGUUGCCGUUAAAAUGGGAGACAACAUGUCCAAAAGAUUGAAAUUAGUGUCGGCUACGGAAGCGGAGAUGGAGGAAAGAUCUUUUAUCAACCCGUACCCCGACUGGGACCAAGGAGUCUUCACAUCUUCCAAUUCAGGAAUGGACAGUGACUGCAACGAGCCUUUCAGCGAAAAUGGAAAGAUCAGCGAGGUGUUCCAGAAGAAGGUGCAGAACAAGAUCAAGGACCUGCUGCAGCAGAUGGAGGAGGGCCUGAAGACGGCCGACCCCCACGACUUCUCCACCUAUACGGGCUGGACAGGUAUCGCCCUUCUCUACCUGCAGUUGCACCGGGUGACCUGCGAGGCCUCCCACCUCCAGAGGGCACUGGACUAUGUGAAGAGGACCCUGAGGAUCCUGAACGGUCGCAAGGUCACCUUCCUGUGUGGGGAUGCAGGGCCACUAGCCGUGGCUGCUGUGGUGCACCACCGCCUCAAGAACCAGACAGAGAGUCAGGAGUGCCUCACCAAGUUGCUCCAGCUGCAGCGUGGAGUGGUGUCUGCGGACUCUGAGAUGCCCGAUGAGCUGCUGUACGGACGGGCCGGCUACCUGUACGCCCUGCUCUAUGUCAACAAGGAGAUAGGACCCGACACUGUGGAUGAGACCACCAUCGCCAGGGUUGUGACGGCCAUCUUGGAGUCGGGGAAGAACAUGGCCAAAGAGGAGAAGAAGGCGGAGAAGUGCCCACUGCUCUACGAGUGGCACAAGAAGCAGUACGUUGGCGCUGCCCAUGGCCUGGCGGGCAUCUACUGUAUACUGAUGCAGCCCAGUGCGAAGGUGAACCAGGAAGUCCUAUCUGAGUUGGUGCGGCCCAGUGUGGACUACGUCCGCCACAAAAAGUUCCGCUCUGGGAACUACCCGUCGUCGCUAAGCAACGAGACGGACCGGCUGGUGCACUGGUGCCACGGGGCGCCAGGAGUGGUGCACAUGCUCAUCAUGGCACACAAGGUGUUUAAGGAUGAGAAGUACCUGAAGGAUGCUGUGGAGUGUGGGGAGGUGAUCUGGCAGAGAGGCCUGCUGAGGAAAGGUUACGGUAUCUGUCACGGCACGGCGGGCAACGCCUACUCCUUCCUCACCCUCUACCAGCUCACCCAGGAGAAGAAGUACCUCUACCGCGCCUGCAAGUUUGCUGAAUGGUGUCUGGACUACGGAACCCACGGCUGCAGAAUCCCAGACAGACCGUACUCUCUGUUUGAAGGUAUGGCCGGGGCUAUCCACUACCUGUCAGAUUUGACCCAGCCUGAGUCUUCCUGCUUCCCUGCAUUUGAACUUUAACCUUUGGGUCGUAGACGGACCUCGUCCCCCUUCCGUUCUGAACAUUUGGGAGAGUGCGAUGAGCAGGGCUCUUGGAUGAGGGGGUUUGGGGUGUGAUGGACCCCUGGCGUCUUGACGAAGGGAACCCUCAGCCCAGAACUGCAGCCUGGGGAGGGAUGUUGUCCCCUGCUCUGGUUUUUCAGACACAUGGACGGAGGAAAAACACCCCAAAGCCCUAGGCCUUUAACUCUGUAAACGCUGUGUGUGUUGGGGUAUUGUUGUGAAUGGGAAGAAAAUGCUGUUUUGUUCGUGGAUCUUUGCCUCUGCAUGCCUAUCCAGAUCUCCUUCUCUGUAUGUGAUCUCUAAUCCUUGUCCCACACCAGUUUGUAGUGCUACUUCCUCUUCCCUAGAGACGAAUUAUCUUUGCAUGGGGACAUCAGAAAACAUGUAUUAGCCUUGGAAUGUGCGUGUCAGUCAAAUGUUAAUGUCUAACAGUAAAUUAGCGUGGCUUUUUUGUGUGUCACCGUGUUUUGUCCCAUUUUCCAUUUGGUUAAUGUGCUGAAGAGAGGAUUUUGUUCAAUGCCGCUUUGACCUUUUCUCGUCGAUAUUGUUUCCCUCAGGCGAACAGCGUUACAUUAUGAAUGUUGUACAAUAAACUGGGCUUCAAUUGCUGUCUUACCGAGUGAUUACAGUACAAUGUCUUAAAUAAAAUGCAUUCUUACCUGCCUUUAGAGGAC